CCUUUUAGACCGUCCUUCCCAUUCUUGCCUCUUCUGGACACUACAACCACAUCGAACACAGACUCUACUGGGGAUCACUUGGAUGAUUCCGACUGUGAUACCUCCACCCCUUCGCUGACCAACGCCUCCCUUGAUAGUCCGCCCCCGUCUCUUCCUUCACAUUCGCCUUCACCGUCACCUGAUGACAUCGCACUCAAUCUCGAUAUCGAUGCCGAUGUCGAUUCGAGUUCUUUUGACUAUUUUGAUAUUCCUCCCCGCGCGACGUAUAAUCCAUACUCUCAUAAUCCCUUUGCGCGUCACAUGAUCCCUCAAAAUCCCUAUAGUCGCAUGAAAGGUACCCAUAAGUUACCCGCUGUCCCAUCUCCGAACCUCCCAGCUCCAUCGCCUCUGUCUCUUUAUGAGCGUCCACCCGUCGGCGUCAAGUCAGGAUUGCAGCGUGCGCCAUUUCUUCCUCUUGCGGAGCCACCGGUUCCAGUAGCUACGAUUACGAGGGAGGAGUCUGCGUUGCUGCCUAGUGAUGAUGUUCAGAUAAAUCCUUCCACACCCAAGUCUAGUGUCAAUCAGUCACACCAAUCACAAAAGCCAUGUUCGAUAUCAUCCACUACCUGCAAGCGUGACUUCACGCCAUAUUUCGCCUUUGAGCGCGAGCAACAAGAACGGGAGUCUGAACGAGAGCAAGGAAUACCUCCGUCGUUAUCAAGGACGACGAGAGUGCAUGGGUAGAGUCGACAUUGGAGAAUGAGUGGCGGGGUUGGAUAUACAAGGGAGAGGAAUAAGAUGGCAGCAGAAAGGUCUAAGUGAUCCAAACCUCCAGAAGUCAACAGUGAUGAAGCGGACGCUCGAUAUGUGUUCAUCGCAUUUGUCGACUAUUGAACGCAUUUUUGCAUUUAAAUCCGCUGGCAUUCUCACCUUCUCUUCAUGGGUGUUCUUAGGUCAGCAAGCCUGUUUGUCGCUUGCAUUGUAGCCUAUUUAUCCGCCUCUGUCCUGUUCUCGCCAUAUCUCUAUAUUUCCUACCAUUGGCAUCUCUAUAAAAGUCCACUACCGCUAUUACCUCCUCGGCAACUUUCGAACUUUAUCUCUUCGUCGUGAUUAUCCUCUAGGCAUAUCUCCCGACAUACUGCAGUACAUCAUCACCCACGUUCUUAUUGAUUCACUCACUUCUCAUCAUACCUUGUCUAUCUCCUCGUUAGCGUUGUUGCCCACCCUAUCGACACUUUUGAUAUCUUGUCUUAUAUUAGUAUUGUUGUGACCUAGUCACUAGACGGUCGUAUAUAUAAUUGUAUUCGGACUAU